AUGGCACCACACAACACGGUCCAGGAUUCGGUGCAGAAUGCUUCGAUAUCUGACCCGGAGCGGUUCUGGGACAAGCAUGCAAAGGAACUGUAUUGGCACAAACCAUACAGCGCUGUCCUGCGCAAGCAGCCCAAGAAAUUGAAGGACGGGGUCACGCAUCCACACUGGUCGUGGUUCCCAGACGGCGAGAUUAGCACCACAUACAAUUGCAUAGACCGCCAUGUCAAAGCCGGCAAUGGGGACAAGAUCGCCAUGAUCUGGGACAGUCCCGUGAGCGGAUCGAAAGAGAAGUACACAUACAGUCAGAUGUUGGACGAGGUGGAGGUUCUGGCCGGUGUUCUCAGAGAAGAAGGUGUCAAGAAGGGGGACGUUGUGCUGGUCUACAUGCCCAUGAUACCAGCUGCCAUCUUUGGAAUGCUUGCCGCCGUCCGCCUGGGUGCCAUGCAUGCAGUGGUCUUUGGAGGAUUUGCUGCUGCCAGUCUGGCUCAGAGAAUCGACGCGGCAAAACCCAAGGUCAUUUUGACUGCCAGCUGCGCCAUCGAAGGAGCCAAGGGGCCUCUGGAGUACCGGCCGUUCGUUGAAGGCGCCAUUGAGCAAAGCAACUGGAAGCCUAGCAAAACCAUCAUCUGGGAGCGCGAAAUCAAGAGGUGGGACCCUGUGAGGAAAGAUGCAGGGCAACGGAACUGGCAGCGUCUCGUCAAGAGUGCCCGGAACAGAGGCGUCAGAGCCGAGGCGGUCCCGGUCAAGAGCACAGACGGUCUAUACAUUAUCUAUACCAGCGGCACGACCGGUCUGCCCAAGGGGGUUCUCCGCGAAGCUGGCGGUCAUGCAGUUGGCCUCAAUUUCAGCAUCAAAUACCUCUUCGACGUCAAGGGACCUGGCGACAUCAUCUUCACCGGGAGCGAUAUCGGGUGGGUGGUCGGACAUUCAUACAUUGUCUAUGCGCCUCUCCUAGCCGGGGCAACCACAGUCCUCUACGAAGGCAAACCCAUCGGGACACCUGACGCGGGCGCGUUUUGGCGGAUGGUCGACGAACACAAAGUCACGACACUGUUCACUGCUCCAACUGCACUCAGAGCUAUUCGGAAAGAAGACCCCGAGGACAAGUUCUUCAAACAACUCGGCGAGAAGGGCCGGCUUAGGCAUUGGCGCGCACUGUUCCUGGCAGGGGAGAGAUCAGAACCCGCCAUCAUCACACAUUAUCAGGAGCUGCUGAGCAAAUACGCUGCUCCAGAUGCGAGAGUGAUUGACCAUUGGUGGUCCAGUGAGAGUGGGAGUCCCAUGACCGGCCUUGCCUUACGUCCUGCUAUCGGGCAUGACCCCAACAGUCGCGAGGAGCACAAGGCGUUGGCUGUCAAGCCUGGCAGUGCCGGUAAACCGAUGCCUGGAUUCGACGUGCGCAUAGUCGACGACGAGGGAAAUGAAGUCGAACAAGGCAAGAUGGGAAAUAUUGUGCUCGCCAUGCCCUUGGCUCCCACCGGGUUUACCACGCUAUUCAGUGAUGACGAAAGAUUUUACAAGGGCUACUUGAAACGAUUCAACGGGAAGUGGUUGGACACUGGGGACGCUGGAAUGAUUGAUCAGGAUGGCUAUUUGCAUGUCAUGUCGAGAAGCGACGAUAUCAUCAAUGUGGCUGCCCAUCGUUUUAGCACUGGCGCGAUCGAACAGGCCAUUACAUCCCAUUCCUCCGUCGCCGAAGCAUGCGUUGUCGGCGUUCCCGACGCCAUGAAGGGGCACUUGCCGUUUGCCUUUGUCAUCCCUUCUGCCGCCACUCCCUCCGACCUUCCCGCCACACCGUCUAAGGAAUUCUUUACGGGGAUCAACAACAUCGUGCGCCAUCAGAUUGGCGCUAUCGCCUCACUGGGUGGUAUCAUCCAAGGUAAAGGGAUGAUUCCCAAGACAAGGAGCGGAAAGACUCUGCGACGGGUAUUGAGAGAACUGGUGGAGAAUGCCGCCGAGGGACAAUAUGAUAAGGAGGUCAAUGUUCCGGCCACGGUGGAGGACAAGGAGGUUGUCGAGGUGGCGAGGCAGAAAGUCAAGGAGUGGUUUGAGGAGAGGAAGAAACAGCAGGGGACCACCAAAGCCAAGCUAUAG